AGGGGGCCGGUGCAGCCACCAGUGGGGGGCACUCUGGGCAGCUGGGGGAGGGCCCAUCUGGAUCAGCCGUCCGCGGGUGCUGCCUUCUCCUGGGGCCCCGCAGACCGGCCUCCUUGCUUCGCUUUCAGGUUCCUCACAGUGCCUUCCUGCGCCUGUCUGCUACCCCAUCCAGCCAGGUUUCCAUUUCCCUCUCUGGGCUGGUGGCAGAGAGGGGCUGUGCCCAGGGGGCCCCACGGAGAUGUUCAGUGCUCGGGACCGCCCCCCCGAGGAGGGGGCAGCUGCAGGGCUCCGGGGCUUCGCUGUGGACAAGACCUUCCUCUCUUCCCUCCGAGGCAUCCUUCUGGAAACUGAGCUGGCCCUGACCUUCAUCAUCUUUAUCUGCUUCACGGCCUCCAUCUCUGCCUACAUGGCCGCGGCCCUGCUCGAGUUCUUCAUCACGCUCGCCUUCCUCUUCCUCUAUGCCACCCAGUACUACCGGCGCUUCGAUCGGCUUAACUGGCCCUGUCUGGACUUCCUCCGCUGUGUCAGCGCCAUCAUCAUCUUCCUGGUGGUCUCCUUUGCUGCUGUGACCUCCCGGGACGGAGCUGCCAUUGCUGCUUUUGUUUUUGGCAUCAUCCUGGUUUCUGUCUUUGCCUAUGAUGCCUUCAAGAUCUACCAGACUGAGCUGGGGCCCAGGGCCACCCAGGAUUCCCUGCCCACCGCCUCCCUGCCCCGGGCCUGCAGACACGAAGCCUGGCCUGAGAAGUCCCCAGGAUGCAUCUGUGGGGCCUGGUGCUCUGGAACCUGGCUCCCCAAGAAGCUCCGGCCGGGAGGGGGUGUUAUGAGGGUGGGAAGGAGGAUGGAGGGGAGGAAGCUGAGCCCCUACGUCCUUCCCAAAUUAAAACACUCAUAUCCUACUGGUGAGUCUUUCUCUUUCCCAGGAAUUAGACCUCUCAAGGAAUGUCAAGGUGUGUUUGUGGAACUGUUGCCUCCAUCAGGUCACAUUUCCUCUCCAGCACCCGGUCUGAGCAAUGAGGAAGUGAGGGAUAGACUGAAGAGGUUUCCAAAACAAAACUUCUCGGCCACAAAUCUCCGUGUGCAAGGCCACUUUGUGGCAUGCCUGGCGGCUGGGCGCCUGGAGUUCUGUGGCUAGGAAGGCACAAGCCUUCCUGAUGGAAGUGCCCACCUGCCAUACCUGCGCGCACAGGAUUGUGGGUGGCCCAGGAGAGGGGCUGGUCUGGGGCGUGUGUAGAGCUCCCCUUCGUGGUGUGAGGAGGAUUUGGCCAGCAGACCACAGAUGAGGGGUCAGUCUGUGGCAUUAGAAAGGGGCAGAGAGUCCUGAAAUGCUGGUGCUGGAAAAGUCCUUAGAGACCAUCUGGUCCAAUGCCCUCAUUCCACGUAAGAGAAAACUGAGGUCCUGUCAGCAGAAGUGACCUCCUUGUUUGUGACCUAGCUGCUCUGACACCUAACGUGUUAUGGAUACUGUACCGAGCCUCCUUUUAGCUCAGGAAAAACACCCCUCACCCUCACCCUGCUCCCUGCUCCCUUCACUAGCAGAUCCACCUUUCCAGCUUGCUAGCUCCUCAACAAACAUUUCCUGAGCAUCAACUAUGUGCAGACAUGUGCUGGGCUCAUGGUCUCCUCUCUUGGUCUGACUUUUUCUACCUCCCGCUCUGUGUUCCAUGCUCACUUCCUGCCUCCUUGCCAGGAUCAGUGGCCUCUCUGGGGCUAGAAGCAACGUGCCUUGUUUCUCUGGCCU